AUGCAUAUAGAAAACAUAACAAAUAGGGCCAUAAAAACCUUCAUGACCUUUAAAAGAACAUUUGGUAAAUCUUGGGGACUGUCACCAGGCAUGGUACAAUGGGUGUACACAGCUGGGAUGUUGCGGAUGCCGAUUUUUUCACAUCCGCGGAUCUAUGGUCAGACCCAUAAUUACCUACGCGGCGCUAAUAUGGUGGCACGCAACAAAAACAAGGACUGUAAAACAGAUACUAAGCAGAAUAACUGGUUCAAUGACAACUACACCGACCGCAGCCAUGGAAAACAUACUAGGACUCCCCCCUCUACACAUUCAGAUUAAAGCUGAAGCGUUAGCGGGAGCCAAAAGACUAAUCUCAAAUAAGGCCGAAGUUAUUUCCAACAUCAGACAUAAUGCCAUAUUUGAAGAGCUACAAAAUACUGGCAGUCCAGCCAUUAGAACAGACAAAGCCAAGGUCAAACACUUUAAUAAAGCUUUUAUCUCAAAAAGGAUAAAGGCUGAGGAGAUAAACAACCAAAUUGCCCAACUCAGGCAAGAAGAAAACCUAAUCUGGUACGUAAAACACAAACGGUCAAAGACCUGUGUUUCUGCGGGCAUAAAAGAGGUAUCUCAACAGGGCAGUUAAGAAAUACUAAACCUGGGAAAAGAGAUAACCGAUCUUCAAGCGGGCAUCAUUGCCAUACAAUUGGGUUUCCAACGAAUGAGGGAGAGCAAUCCCACGGAGAAGUUGCUCACCAUCAUUACACACGAACCAGAACCAAUCCAGGCACUGGAGGCAUUUGA